AUGCCCGUCGUCGCAGCGGGCGGCGCGCGGACCUCGCUGCUGCCCAAGCACGGGGCGCGACGCACCGCGCGGGCUGCGGCGCCCGCGCGGCGCGCGCGGACCGUCGUGCGCGCCGAGCCCGAUGAGAAGCAGCGGAAGGCCAAGCCGGAGGGCGAGCAGACGCCCGCGGACGACCUCGCGGCCCUCGGCGAGGAGGGCGCCGACUUCAACCUGGAGGACAUCAACCCCAUCCAGCUCGGGCGGCGGUCCCGCAAGGCGUUCGACGACAUCUGGACGCGCUUCUCCUCCCUCGGCACCCCCUCCCGCGGAGCGUCGCGAAUGUACGACGAGCAGCUGGACAUGAUGAUGGUGGCGAGCGAGGCGCAGCUGGACCCGGUGCGCACGGCGAGCACGCGCGUGCUGGUGCUGGGCGGCGCGGGGCGCAUCGGCAAGGUGUUGAUCCGCAAGCUGCUGCUGCGCGGGUACCAGGUGCGCGCCAUGGUGCGCGUGGAGGACCGCGACGAGGCGGACCUGCUCCCGCGGAAGGUCGACCUCACGUACGGCGACGUGGCGAACUACGAGGACUGCCGGCGCGCGGUCCGCGGCGUGGACAAGGUGGUGUACUGCAAGGACCGCGAGGGCAUCCUGGGCAUCCAGGCCGACAUGUUCAUCGUCUACGAGGACGGCGUGCGGAACGUCGCCAAGGCCAUCCUCGACCAGGCGGCCACGCAGCGGCGGCGCGGGCGCGACGACGGCCGCGGCGGGAAGCCCGUGGUGGCCCUGUUUGGCAGCGCCGACUACCAGGAGGGCGGCAAGUACGCGUGGGAGCUCGAGUACGUGGGGCUGGGCGCCGCGGCGAGCCCGCUGCAGCGGAAGAUGUACCGCGGGGCGGACACGGCCGCGCUGGCGCCCGUGAAGGAGAAGGCCACGCCGGAGGGCAAGGUGGUGCGCCGCGCGGGCGCGGGCCUGCUGUUCGGCGGGACGAUCUACUCGCGCGGCGGCGUGGCGCGCUGCGGCGGCCCGCUCAAGGCCGGGCUCGACCUCGGCGGCACGGAGGGCCUCGUGCUCCGCUGCGGCGGCGACGGCCAGCCCUACACCUUCUGGGUGACCACCCGCGACGGGCACCAGUACCGGCAGCGGUUCUUCGCGAGCGCCGGGUUCCACUCCGUGCGCCUCGCGUGGAACUUCUUCCGCCCGGCCUCGGAGGGCGCCCCGCCGCUGGACCCCUCGGCGGUCGUGCACAUGUCCAUCACGUUCGAGCCCCGCACGGGCAUCGCCGCGCAGGACGGCAAGGCCGUCGUCGAGGGCACCGAGAACCGCCUCUCCUUCGCGCUCCAGCUCGGACACAUCAAGGCCGUCAAGCGCGCCCCGGAGGCCGACUUCGUCCUCGUGUCGUCCGCCGCCUCGGCCCUGCGCGCCGCCGCCACCGACAAGGAGACCGCCGACGCGGUCGAGCGGGAGAUCCGCCUGCGCCUGAACGGCGAGGGCGUGCUGCGGUCAUCGGGGCUGGCGUACACGGUGAUCCGUCCGGGUCCGCUGGUGGAGGAGCCCGGCGGCUUCCGCGCGCUGGUGUUCGACCAGGGCAACCGCAUCAGCCAGUCCAUCUCGGCGGCGGACGUGGCGGACAUCUGCCUGCGCAGCAUGCACGACCCGCUCGCGCGCAACAAGACCUUCGAGGUGUGCUACGAGUACACCCCGGAGCAGGGCCUCGAGACCUACGAGCUCGUCGCGCACCUCCCCGACCGCUCCAACAACUACCUCUCGCCCGCGCUCGCGACGCUCGAGAGCAACACCUGA